AUCGCCUUCGACGUGGCGCGCGGCAUGUCGUACCUCCACAACCACCGCGUGAUCCAUCGCGACCUCAAGCCGGGCAACGUGCUGCUCAAGCUGCCAAUGAUGACCGCCAAGGUGGCAGACUUUGGCGCGUCGCGCAACGCGCGCGGCCUCGCCUCGAUCAACAUGACCAUGUCGAUGCAGGGCACCCCCGUCUACAUGGCGCCCGAGGUGCUUCGGCAGGACAAGUACGGCAAGCCGUGCGACGUCUGGUCCUUCGGCGGGCUGCUCGUCCACAUCGCCACCCGCCGGCCGCCCUUC